AUGCCAGCUCUAACACCGUCUUCCCCGCCAUCCACUUUCUCCUCGUCUCCACCAGCAACGCCGGCGAUAUCCAGACCCUCAAAACGGCCCUUUUCCGAGGUCACAUCGCCUUCAUCAGAGGAUAGACCCUCACCUCUGUUCCCACUUGCCAAGCGGUCCAAACUAUCUGCUAAAUUGUCAAGUACCGUGAAGGCCAAGUCCUCUUCCAACACGAAGAACGGCGCUCCAAAACCAAGUCAGCAAAAGCUCACACAGCUACACUUCAACAUCGACCAAAGCAUUCUCAGAACAUGCCCCAUAUGCGAUCUUUCCUACACGAAAGGCGCGUCUGGAGACGAAGCGUUGCAUCGCACUCACUGCGCCAAGGUGCAACAAGGGAUGGAAUGGGGACGAGAAGAGGAAAAGGAUAGGAUUCGGAAUGGGGAGAACGUCGUUACAGAUGUGGUGACGGACGUGAAACUCAGAGGGAGAAAGAAGAAGGGACGCGUAAUUUGCUUCUCAGCGGAUAUCGAUGGUAAGAUCGGCGCUAAACUUUCGAUCAUCCUUCAAACCGUCAACACCGCUCUCUCUUCCUCGGAGCUCUCACCUGCUGCACUACAGUGCUCCAAAGGCUACUUGUUUCUGAUUCCACACGACACAAUGCCCAACCGCGAGCGAAUCGCCGGCUGCGUGAUCGCCCAACGCAUCACAACGGCUAUGGCAGUCGUACCUCCCUCAGUGCAAGGAUGCCUUUUCACCUCGACCGAUUUAUCCAACGAUCUAUCACUUCCAUCUACUACACCUACAUCAAGUGCGACCCCAAGACCUGUUGCGGUAGGCUCUGAUUCCAAUAUCUUCUGCGACCCUACACCUCUUCCUACUCCAAUGGGCAUCUCAAGAAUGUUCGUCUACUCAGCGUAUCGCCGUCUCGGGAUCGCACAGGCGUUACUGGAUACGGCUGCGGCGACUUUCAUUCAUGGCUGUCCACUCGACCCUCUGAAAGGCCAGGUCGCCUUCUCCCAGCCGACAGGGACUGGACAAGCAGUCAUGGAGAAGUGGGGGAAAGGCGCCGUCAGAGUGUUCGAGGACGAUGAUUAA